CCUAUUUCUUAGGCCCAAACAUGUGGGUGAGCACAAAGAGAAAAUAUCCCAACCAAAAAGCCCAACCGAAAUAGCCCAUUACCCCAACCAAAAUAGCCUAACCAGAAAAUAGCCCAUUACUCAAACCAAGAAUGGCCCAUUGCCUCAAUCAAGAUGGCCCAACACUUAAGGGUAGCUCAUUUAUUUAAUUAUUGUCAUGAAAGGCCCAUACAAUUAGGAUAAGAAAUAUCAAAAGCUCCAGCACUUGGCUGGAGGACAAAGCUGCGCAAGGAGCUUGGAGGACCACGUGCACAGAGCAUCUGUAGAGCUUCAGCCAUGGAAGGAACAAGUUCCAAGCAAAAACCUUCAAGGGACCAAGGGAUAUUGGCGCGCAAGGAAGGAUGCCACUUUUCGAACCAGCAUACAUAGCCAUUUCUUUUCCUCAUCAGAUCUGGCCAUGGAAAAAGGAUAAAAGAAGAAAAAUGAGAGGGAUGAAAAUAGGAAUUCUUCACAGAGGCAGCCGCGGGAAAGGGGGCCUUGAGCUCCCAAAAUCCCUGAUUUUAUGCAGAGGAGCAGAGUAGAUUUCACCACAAGAAGAUGAUUGAAAGGAUGAGGAGAGAAAGGAAGGGAAAGACUUGGCCAAAUUGGAUAGAAGCCAUUAGGGUUUCUUGGAAAAUGACAGCUUCCAGCGCCUAUAAAAAGAGGCAUUUCCUACCCAUCAUAACAACACACAUCCAGAGAGCAAGCUUCCUCUCUUGCAUGCAAAACCCAGCAAUUUUCGUGCUUAGUUCAUCUCCUUCCUCAGUUUUCCCUCUUGCUAUGCUAUUCUGACAUUUGAUAGAGUCAUUGUCAAGCUGCCGGAAAUAGCACUCACGCCACCAUCCCUUUCUCUCCCUCCUUUCUUAGCCAAACCUCUUUGCAAACUCUCCAUCUCCUACCUUAAUACCCCUUUUCCCCCCAAGAACACUCAGUUUUCUCUUCGGUGCUAAACUCAUGUCGAUUUUGCUCCCAUGCCACAAGCUUCUCAUGCCAAGCCAAGAAUUUAUCUGUAAGCAGCCAUUAUUUUCGUUGGUGAAGGUAAUCAAGGUGUUUCCUAAGGCUUUACAACCCUUUCGAAAUAUUUUGGGGUCUGAUCUUUGAACUCAGACACAAGGGGAAAAUUUCAGCCAUUUUGCUCCUUACGGCGGCCCAGCCCAUCUGUAGCUGCCAGAAGUAAAAGACCCCCACAGAAGGAUGAGACGGGAAACCUGAAAUUGGAAUUUAGAUGUGAAAGAGUGACUGAUCAAAACGGAUAGCAAUGGCAGAGUUUGUGGAGCUUGUUGCCUCUAUCAUUGGUUGUCUGCAGAAAACACCCUGUUUAGGCAAGCCCCUUGAAGAGAAAUAUAAUUUUUUCACAAAACACAAAGAAUAUCUAGAUACUUUAAAAAAUGGCAUGGUCGAUUUGGAGAAACGAAGGUGUGAAGUAGAGAGAGAAUCUGAGGAGAAGGUGGUGAGCAAGCCUUACAAAAUCUCCGACUGGUUAAAAAAGGCAAAUGAAUUCAUAGCUGAAACUAAGUAAUUGAAUUUUGAGGACACAAUAAGUGGGAAUUUGUGUGGUUUCCCAAACUAUUAUCGCUCACAGUAUAAAGCUGGGAAGACCAUUGUUGGCAGAAUUGAAACGGUGAAUAAACUGAUUGAGGAGGGCUCAAAUUUGUUCAAUGCGGAAGAAGACUUUGUGGUGGGAUAUAUACAGAAGAAACACAAAAGAACUGGUGGGCAAGACACCAAGUGCUUUUGAGAAGAUUAUGAAGUGCGUUUCAGAAAAGGAGGUUGGAAUCAUAUGUGUUUAUGGGAUGUCUGGUUCGGGCAAGACUGAAGUUGUAAAGCAAGAAAUAACCAAAUAUUAAAAGAGUACAAACGUUGUGCCUCAGAAGAUGGAAAUAUUGCCGACCAUUUUGAGAAAGUUAUAUGCCUGACUGUAGAGAAUAUUGGAUCAACUGACGCAGCCAUUGAUGCCCUGCAGCAGGACAUCAAAAAGGAAUUCCAACUUGACCGCAAUGCCGGGAACAGAGCAGACACGUUGGAAAGUGAGUUGUGGAGGAGAAGAUUUCUGAUCGUUUUGGAUGAUAUGGGGAAAGAGUUGUCUCUCGAGCAUAUUGGGAUUCCAUGGCAAACAAACAAUGGCUCCAAGGUUAUAAUCAUAUAGAAAUCACGGCCAGUGUGCAGGGACAUCAAAAUUGAUAGAGAGGUUGAAAUCAUACUUCUAUCAGACGAAGAAGCACUCAAGUUGUUCGAGGUUGAAGCUGGCAUUGGAUUAUCAUACUCGAGCUGCCGCGGAAGACAUAGUACGUGAGUGUGAUGGUCUGCCCGUAGCGAUUGCUGGCCUGGCACAAACCUUAAAAGAAAUAAAGAAAUUUGAUCCUAACGAUGUCGAUGCCGAAUGGAAUGGAGCAUUUUAUAAGUUAAGAAAUUCUAUUGUUCUGUUGGAAAGAAUGAACAGGAAGGCAUUUGCUCGUCUGAAAUAUAGCUACUCUAUGUUGAAGAAAGAAGCUCAGCAGUGUUUCCUGUACUGUGCAUUAUACCCACCUGGUCAUUGCAUUGAAAAGAAAGAGUUAGUGGAGCAUUGGUUUUGGGAAGGUUUAUUGGGUAGCAGAAAAAGAAUUAAGGGGCAGCUGAUAGAAGAUAUGAUACAAGCAAGAGAGAUACUGGAUGAGAUCGAAAGAGCUUACCUUCUGGAAACAGUCAGUGAAGGUGGAAAUGAAUGCAUCAAGAUGCGCAACUUCAUUAGGCAUAUGGCAGUCCAUCUGACCAAUACAAGAACUGAUCAUGAUCAGUUUCUCAUCAAAGCCGGGGAGAAGCUUACCGACUGCCCGCUGUUAGUGAAGAACUUGUCUAAAGUAGAGAGAGCCUCAUUGAUGAGAAGUCAGUUUAAAGCACUUACAGAAAAACCCAGGUUUCACAAGCUAUACACAUUACUUCUGAAGCACAACCCCAUCUCUCACUUGGAUGACGAUUUCUUUUGUAACAUGCCUAACCUCAAAGUUCUAACCUUUCUCAUACCAAUAUCUCUACCCUUCCAAAGUCAGCCUCUUCUUACUUGACAAAACUAAGGGCACCCCUCUUGCGCGGUUGUUGCCACUUAACAUCAAUGCCUUCUUUAGAUAACUCGGAGGAACUACUUGUUCUGGAUCUUUCUGAUACUCACAUAACAGAAUUACCUCAUGGCAUGAAGAAACUAACCAAACUUAUUUGCCCCCUCGACCUGUCUCGUACCAAUGUGGGAGAAUUUCGAGCUGAAUUAGUGCGUGAGUUAAAAAAUCUAGAAGAACUCUACUUGAUGAUAACCAAUGACUCUGCAGGUUCUGUGUGGGGAUCAGAGAAAGGAGCAAGUAGUAUGUGGGGAUCAGAGAAAGCAUCUAGUAUUCAGGAGCUGGGAGCCCUUCAGCACUUAGCUAUUCUUCAAGUCAACUUCCUGGAUGCAAAAUCCUUCAAUACAUAUGUCAGUUAAAAGAAUCAUUCUCUAUCCAAAUUCAAAUUCUCCGUGGGUGGUUCUUGGGAUGAAACGAAGUUGGCUGAAAACAGCAUAGUUUUCAUCAAAAGUGACUUCCUUGUGAGCAAAAGACCAAUCUCACUCCCAGAAGAUACCGCUGAGCUGCAUGUAAUGAGCAACAAGGAUCUACGUUGGUUGCCUAUUAGCCGUCGAUGUUGUCUAGACAGCCUGAAGGUCAUAGAUAUAUCUGGCUGCGAAAGUUUGGUCUAUUUGUUCAAGAGGAACGUGUCAUACAACCUUCCAAACCUCGAAAAAAUUUCGGUUAGAAAAUGUCAGAAGAUGGAGGGCUUAAUAUCAAAAGAAGACCCCUUGCCAUUUGCACUUUGUUUGAAUAAACUAAAGGUCAUCCAUAUCUCAGACUGCGAAAAUUUGGGCUACUUAUUCAGGAUUAAGAUGGAAUCUUGUCAGUCUACCUCUGACCAAAAAAAGAUGUACUCGACCUGCUUCCCAAACCUCCAAAGAGAUGCGCAUUACAAGACGCUGGAGGAUGAAAGCGGAUAAAGAGCCGAAAGAACCCAACGCUUGUCCUGCUAUUCAUCCAAGACCAACGGACAUUAUGUCGGUUGAUCCACUUGAAUUGAAGAAAUAUUAUGAUUUUGAAAAGAAGGAUAAUCCUCAGGAACACAUUUGGUACUUUCCUGAUCUAAAGAUGCAGAUCAUAACUUCUCUGCCUGAAGAACUGCUACCUCGGCCAAGUAGCAGCAAUCAGAUUAAAAGGAGUCGGAGCAGUGACUCUAUAGAGAAGCUAGCAGCCAGUACAGACGAUAAUAAGGAGCUUUUGAAACCAACUACUCAACCUUCAGCUGCUGACAAUAGUACUAAUAGCAUUCUACAGAAUGUCGGCAACACGGUCCACGGGUUACUAGUUACCCCUAACUUACUUAGGGUUCUAUUGGUGCACAAAUUUACUGCAACUAUCUGGUCCAGACAGGGCGGACGUCAAAAUGCUGCAGAGGCUAUUCCUCAGGUCCGGGAUCAAGAGGAAAAUGCUAUUGAGCCCAGCAUUGGCAUCCCAGUGCACGACUAAACCUACUCUCUUUCCUCUACCUUCCUUUGAGUUCCAAAAUAAACUACUUUAUCUACCUACCCUUUCACUUACUAUUAUUUAUCGUUGUAAUAAUACAGGGGCUAAAGACAGUCCUUGCUCGACCACUUGAUCCAUAUUUAUAUUUGUAAUGUAACUUUUUUUUCUUUUCAUUAUCCUUCCUUUUGUGAUAAACAUGCAAUAAAGUCUCCUCAAAAAGAGCUAUAUAUAUAUGAGUAAUGCUAUUUAGACGCACAACA